UAAAGGAAAAACGACCUUCUACUUUUUAUAAUACUUUAUUUUACAAAUUGAAUUGAAAUAGUGAAACUCUAGCAUGCUGAUUGUUACAGUGAUAUUAUAGUGAUAUUGCUUGACAUGGUUGGUUUAUAGUUAUAUCUAUAAAUUUUACUGAAAGCUGGAUCUUUAUUAGCAAAUUAACAAAAUUUACGAUUAGCAAAUUAACGACACGGUUUUGAUGUAAACAGUCGUAGUGAACAUGUUCUGAACAGUUCAGUGCAUAGGUUCAGUCGAUGUUCAGUACUUUUAGUUGUUUUUAGUCGGUUUUUAGUUUUCAGUGUGUUGCAGUGUGACGAAUCAAAAAGCAGCAUUUAAAUAUUAAAAAUUCAUGGAAAUAAUAAAAUGAGGCGAAAAAAGUAAUGAAAACUAGUAUACGAAUACCAGCAUAGAUAGCAAUCAUUAUUUUUAUUAGUAAAUAAUUUGUGAUAUGUGUGAAAUUAUAAUGAAGGUUAUAGUGCAAGAAAAAUGAAAAUUAGUGACCAGCAAUGUUUAUUUAAAUCAUGUCUUUUGGUGAUUAUUAAAGACAAUGCUAAAGUUAAUCAAGAUACAUAUAAAAUUUAUACAUAAUUAGCAAUUUUUAAUAUGAAACGAAACGUGAGGAGUUUUUUCAAGUUCCUAAUACUUGCGGGGGUAACUUCAGCAGUAACUGUGCUAGUAUUUAGAUUUGUCAGGACUCCUAAUUUGGCCGAUAGUUCAGUAGCACAAAUAGUCAAUGAAAGAGGUGGUGGAGCCGUUCCUUUACCCCCAGAAUAUGAAAAUGAUGUAGCUGUAGACAAUACAAAGAUAGACUGGCAUGACUACAAGUUUAUUGCGAAAGAAUCAAAACGUAAAGGUAUUGGUGAACAUGGAAAAAAAGAAGAUAUAUUAUCAUCUGAAUUAAAGAAUUAUGAUAAAUUAUAUGAAGAAAAUGGCUUUAAUGCUGCCCUUAGUGAUAAAAUUGCUUUGGAUAGAUCGCUUCCAGAUAUUAGACAUAAAGGUUGCAAAACUAAGAAGUAUUUGAAAAAUCUUCCAAGAGUGAGUGUCAUUGUUCCAUUUCAUAAUGAACAUUGGUCAACAUUGUUAAGAACAGUUUAUAGCGUUAUUAAUCGAUCCCCACAACAUUUGCUACAUGAAAUAAUCUUAGUUGAUGAUUUCAGUACAAAAGGUAAACUGUUAUUAUUACAUAGUGUAAUAUAGAAGCUUUUAUUUGUAUUAUCUGGGUAUUAUGAUAUACAUUUAAAUAUUCAG